GGUGUUUGUGGCAACGCAGGCCACAAUGGAAAUUUUAUUCGCUAGACUCUUUCACUUUGUUCGGGUCAGUACACGAGUAUAGACAUAAUUUGUGUUCGCUCUUGAAAUAUUCUACUAAUUCACGAUGGGUAAAGAAAAGGUCCAUAUUAACAUUGUCGUCAUUGGACACGUCGACUCUGGAAAAUCAACCACUACUGGUCACUUGAUCUACAAAUGCGGUGGUAUCGACAAACGUACCAUUGAAAAAUUCGAGAAGGAAGCCCAAGAAAUGGGUAAAGGUUCCUUCAAAUACGCUUGGGUUUUGGACAAACUUAAGGCCGAACGUGAACGUGGUAUUACCAUCGAUAUUGCUUUGUGGAAAUUCGAAACAGCCAAGUACUACGUCACCAUCAUCGACGCCCCAGGCCAUCGUGAUUUCAUCAAAAACAUGAUUACUGGAACAUCACAAGCCGAUUGCGCUGUCUUGAUCGUUGCUGCUGGUACCGGUGAAUUCGAAGCUGGUAUUUCAAAGAACGGACAAACCCGUGAACACGCACUUCUUGCUUUCACCUUGGGUGUAAAACAAUUGAUCGUUGGUGUUAACAAGAUGGACUCAACUGAACCACCAUUCAGCGAAUCACGUUAUGAGGAAAUCAAGAAAGAAGUCUCCUCAUACAUCAAGAAGAUCGGUUACAACCCAGCCGCUGUUGCUUUCGUUCCAAUCUCAGGAUGGCACGGAGACAACAUGUUGGAACCAUCAACCAACAUGCCAUGGUUCAAGGGAUGGGCCAUCGAACGUAAAGAAGGUAAAGCUGAUGGUAAAUGCUUGAUUGAAGCUUUGGACGCCAUCCUCCCACCAUCUCGCCCAACCGACAAAGCUUUGCGUUUGCCAUUGCAAGAUGUUUACAAGAUCGGUGGUAUUGGAACAGUGCCAGUCGGUCGUGUUGAAACUGGUGUCUUGAAACCAGGUAUGGUUGUUGUUUUCGCUCCAGCCAACAUCACAACUGAAGUAAAAUCAGUUGAAAUGCACCACGAAGCUUUGCCAGAAGCUGUUCCCGGUGACAAUGUUGGUUUCAACGUUAAGAACGUCUCAGUCAAAGAAUUGCGUCGUGGUUACGUUGCCGGUGACUCAAAAGCCAACCCACCAAAGGGUGCUGCUGACUUUACCGCUCAAGUUAUUGUCCUUAACCAUCCAGGUCAAAUCUCGAACGGUUACACUCCAGUCUUGGAUUGUCACACCGCUCACAUCGCUUGCAAAUUCGCUGAAAUCAAAGAAAAAGUUGACCGUCGUUCGGGUAAAACCACCGAAGAAAAUCCAAAAGCCAUCAAAUCUGGUGAUGCUGCUAUUGUCAACCUUGUCCCAACUAAACCAUUGUGUGUUGAAUCCUUCCAAGAAUUCCCACCUUUGGGUCGUUUCGCUGUGCGUGACAUGAGACAAACUGUUGCUGUCGGUGUCAUCAAGGCCGUCAACUUCAAGGACGCUUCAGGUGGUAAAGUCACCAAAGCCGCCGAAAAAGCCACCAAGGGCAAGAAAUAGCAACCUAACAAAUAUUUCACAUCAAUUCUUUUAACAUCAACGUGGUUUUUGAAAAAAUGUUAUUACUUCUUCCAUCGCAAAGAAUUCCGACGAAAAGAAUACGAGCUAUACUUCAUUCCGUAUUAAAAUAAAGAGAAUUAAAAAAAACUUUUAUUUUUAUAUACAACACAUUCAAGCACCCCAAUUAAAAGAAUGAAUCGAAACAACACGUUUUAUUUUUUUAGAUAAAAUAAAAUAUAAACUCUAUUUAAAAGUAGGAAUCCCAUGGUAACAUUGUUUUCAGUAAUCCGCAUUUUUUAAAAUGAAUAAAAAACACACAUAAAAAUAA